AUGUUAUGCUGUCCGAAAUCGAUUUUCGAUAGGCAGGAAAAUCUUCGGAUGAUGCGCCAGAAUUCCGCAAGCAAUUUAGAUCCAUACCGAAGACCGCCAUUACCUCCAAUCUGUCGUAAAGAUAUUUGCGAAGAAACUGCGGAAGAUGAAUUUCACAGUAAUUUUUUGCUCAAUCGUCGCUUGGAAUCAUUGAACAGAACGGAAUCAUAUUUGAGUGGUCUGACAGGAAAAGCAGAACAUACGUCAAUGUUAGCUGAUGCUCAAAAUGGAAAUGGUGGUAGUUUAUUUGCAAUCAAUAUGACGGGUAUUCGGGGGGUGCCGGUAAUACCGGUACAGAACAGUCGAAGACUUCCGGUACCACCAUCCGGUUGUUUCAAUCGUCUAUAA